CCAAAUCAGAAAACGACGCCAUAAGGAAAGCAUCGACCAGACUCGCACAGAAUUAAACAUAAGUAAAGCAUAGCUGUUGGCAUCAUCCAUCUCACAGUUCCUCCACUUCAUUUUCAUUUGCUAAAGAAAAAAAAAUGGAGAAAUCAGUAGGUCUAAAUGAAUGGCAAAGCCUGAAAAAACGGAUGGUAAUAAACAGGGUCCAUGCUUUGAUCCAUGGCGCCGCUUUAGCAGCCUUAUUUUACUACAGAAUCACCUCCAUAUCCAAAAGUGUCCCACACCUUCUCAUCUUCGCCGCCGAGCUCAUCCUCUCCUUCCAAUGGCUGCUCAGCCAGGGCGCCAAGUGGAACCCCGUCUCUCGAACCGCGUGUCCUGACAGACUCCCCGCCGACGACAAUCUGCCGUCGGUGGAUGUGUUCGUGUGCACCACUGAUCCCGUGAAGGAGCCGAGUUUGGGGGUUAUGAACACUGUUAUAUCGGCCAUGGCGCUCGACUACCCUCCGCACAAGCUCCAUGUCUAUCUCUCCGACGACGGCGGCUCCCCCGUCACGUUUCGCGCCGUGAAGGAGGCGUCGGAAUUUGCCAAAAUGUGGAUUCCCUUUUGCAGGAAGUAUAUGGUCAACAACAGAUGCCCUCAUGCUUAUUUCUUGACCGAACAAACCGGUGACCAUCACUUCUUACUUGAGAAGACACACAUACAGAAAGCAUACGAAGAUUUCAAGAUUUCUCUGGCUAAGAUAGCUGCUAGUACGGAUAGUCGUGUCAGCAGAGACCACCAACCAAUUAUUGAGGUUAUCAACGACGGAGAUGAAAUGGACAAGGAUCCACAGAUGCCUCUCCUAGUCUAUGUUGCUCGUGAGAAAAGGCCAUUUCACCCACACCAUUUCAAAGCUGGAGCACUAAACGUUCUUCUUCGAGUAUCUGCCUUGAUCAGCAAUUCUCCCUACAUUUUAGUGCUUGACUGUGACAUGUAUUGCAACGAUCCAAAAUCAGCUCGUCAAGCAAUGUGUUUCCAUCUCGACCCCAACCUGUCUCCUCUUGCAUUUGUUCAAUUCCCUCAGAGAUUUUACACUUUAUGUGACAAGGAUAUCUAUGAUGGCGAGCUCAGAUUUGCUUGGGAAAAAUGGGAAGGUCUGAAUGGUCUCGAGGGACCGAUUUUGUGUGGCACAGGCUUUUAUAUAAGGAGAGAAGCACUAUAUAGAAGCACUCAACAACUUCAAAAGAAUGUUGAUAUGAUCAAGUGGUUUGGUUCGUCCAAAGAGUUCAUCAACUCGGUUUACACACAUAACAAACCAAAUUAUCCGAGCGAUAAUGUGUUGCAGUUUCUCGCUUCUUGUAGCUAUGACAACGGCACCAAGUGGGGUGAACAGGUAGGGUUUAGAUAUUUCGCGGUGGUGGAGGACUACUUCACCGGACUGAUUCUGCAUUGUGAGGGUUGGAAGUCUGUUUACUAUGAAUCUUCAAGAGCAAGACCAGGUUUCCUGGGUACGUCCCCGGAUAACCUAGGCGAAGUUCUCGUUCAACAUAGUCGAUGGAGUGUGGGAUUCAACCAGGUUGCUUUCUCCAGAUACUCUCCACUUGUUUAUGGAUUACUAAGAAUGUCCAUUUUGCAAAGCAUAUGCUAUGCAGAGAUUGCAUUCUUCACAAUCAGCUUCUUGCCUCUUUAUAUCCUAGCUCUCCUUCCUCAAAUCUCUCUACUCCAAGGCAUCCAUCUCUAUCCUCAGCUGUCAAGCCCUUUCUUCCUAGUGUUUGUGUUUCUUUUCUUUUCGUCGCAAGCAAAGCAUUUGCAAGAAGUCUUGAUGACGGGGUAUGGAGCAAGGACAUGGAUUACCGAGCAAAGAAUGUGGGUGAUCAGAUCCUUUACAUCAUACUUUUAUGCGAAUAUGUAUACCAUCAUGGAUAAAAUAGGGUUGAGAAAAGCUAGUUUUUUGCCAACAAACAAAGCCGUGGACGAAGCAGCAGCCGAGCUGUAUCAAAGGGGAGUGUACAAUUUUGAAGCACCAUCUGUUUUCAUGGUUCCAAUGUGCACUCUUUAUAUGAUAAAUAUGGGGUCAUUUGUAGCUGGGAUUUUGCAUGCUGGAAAGGGAAAUGGGAUGAUGUUGAUAGAGUGUUUGAUCUCACUGUUUGGGAUGAUUUUGCAUCUGCCUCUGCUUCAAGGAAUGGUGGUGAGGAAGGAUAAGGGCAGCGUUCCCACAAAUGUUUCUAUUGUUUCGCUGCUGCUUUCAUCCAUAGUGAUGGCUUAUGCAAAAUGAAAACAAUUAAACCAAACGUUAGUUUCUGCCUAGUUAGAAAUGAUGUAUUAAUAUGAAGUCUGUGUUAUUUUUAUUUUUGUUUUUUUUACACGUACAUGAGUGAUUUGAAUUUUAAUGUUAUUGUGAAAAAUCAAGAUUCAGUUAUUAAUUGGUAAUGUUGGAUCAA